GGGGAUCCACCGGGAGGGAGAUAGGGCUGCACGUGCCACCCUGGCUGGGGUUAUUCCCGGCAGGGCCAAGGGCGCACGCGGCCCGGCCCUGCAGAGCGGGUGGCAUCUGCCAGGCCUGGUAUCCUUGGCCAGGUGCAGCCGGUCCCAUGUUACGGCCUGUGCUGGGGCAGGUGGCGGCCUGCUGGUGGCCCCCAGCAAGUGGAAACCGGGCCCCGCCACCCACGGCCCUCAGCCCAGCCAGUACUGCCGCAGGUCUCAGGCCGUCCUCUCCUGGCUCGGCCCAGCCGCCAACAGCAUGUGGAAAACACGCUCGGGCCCCACACGCAGAGCCGGCUCCAAAUUCCUGGGCGUUGGAGCGGAGAGGCCAGGAUGGGACAGCACGGUCCAGCCUGGCCCCCGGAGCCUGGGACCCCCCCAGCGACCCAAGUGCCUGGGCUGUGACAUGUGGGCCAGACCCACGCAGGAUGAUUUUCCGGCCUGAAGCCCCCUGUGGCCCUGCCUGCCUGGCCGUCUCCUCCCGAAGGCUUGUGACAACCGUCUUCCUGUCUCCCUAACUUAGCUUUUCCCAGAAUGUCACGCAGUUGGAGUCUACACCGGGUGGCCUUUUCAGACUGGUAUUUUUUUCAUUUAAUAAGAUGCCGUGAACCGGGCGUGCUGGCGCCCUUCUGUAAUCCCAAUAUUUGAGAGGCUGAGGCAGGAGGACCACAAGUCCAAGCCCAGCCUGGGCAGCUUCACAAGGCCUUGUCUCAAAAAAUACAGCGGGCUGGGGACAGCACGGGGGCCGCCACGGCCUUUGGGGCGUCUCUGCACAUCUCAGAGCCCCACGGCCAGGAACGAAGCCCGGGAUGCACCUCUGAGUGGCCGGUGUGGGGGCGGAAAUGACCCCUUGCGGUCCGUCCUCGGACAGGGUGGUCAGGGGACUUGGCCGGGGCGGAGGAGCGAAAAUCUCUGCCCGCUGCCUUUGGGCCUGGCCGGGCACCCGGAAGCCCGCUGUGGACGGUGAGCAGCAAGCUUCCUGGGCUCCGCACCUCCCGGCCAGCGGGCGUCGGCAGCGUCCUGGAUUGUGGCCACGCUAAUAGGCGUGUAAUGGGAGAUCAUUAUUUUAAUUGCCUAAAUUUUUAAAUAGACAUUUGUCGAGCUGCCUCCUGAAUGCCUGGAUGCCAAGCGUGAUUCCAGCACCCUUCUCCUCCCAGUGCUGGGAAUGGAGCCCGGGACCUCUGCACGGAGCUGGUCCCAGGCUUGGUGCUUCCAGCUUUCAGACUGGGUCGCACUGAGUGGCUUGAGGCCAGGGCUGAACUUUUGAUCCUCCUGCCUCAGCCUCCGGGGUGCUGAGAUGACAGGUGGGGGAAUCACUUCACCAGACAGCUACAAAUCAGGAUGAGCACAGCAGGAGUCCAGAGGAAGCCCGUGGCCCAGCCUGGUGUUCAAGGAGGCUGCCUGGAGAAGAGGGCGCUGAAGGCUGCGUAGGAGUUUGCCAGAAGGCGAAAGAAUGGCUCUGGUGUGCUGGCGCAGCUCGAGGGUCGCCUGGGCCGCACAGCGAGACCCUGCCUCAGGACAGCAGCACAAGGGUAGGGGGCGGAGGUUCGGCGGGCAAAACCCUGCUCCAAAGAAAACCGAAAAGGGCCGUGGGUGUACCCAGCGCAAAGGCCCUGGGUCUCGGUACCAAAAAAGCCCACCUGAGAAGUCCCUGGCGUCCCCCAGUACUUACUAGUGGGGGGGGUCUUGUCCGGCUGCUUGGCCUCAGGGAAGCCUCCACACUGAGAAACUACAGUUCCCCGGUCCCGGGUUCGAAUCCCGACCCUGCCACUGGCCUGCUGUGUCCGUGCCUGCACUCGCCUGGGACCGGCUCACCCAGCGGGGAGGACGAGGCACGCUGGUCCCUGCCCGCGGCCCGGCCGGCCGGCCAUUUCUCCAGCGCUCACCCCGGGAUGGCGGCCCUGGUCUCCCUCCUGGCCCCGCAGGGUGGGGCUGAGCGGGAACAGAGGCUAAAUUUAGUCCGAUGACACCGCUGGCCGCCCGCCUCGGCCCCACAUCCCCAGCCAAGCCGAGGUUCAGAGCCUCCCCCGGCCGCCGGCCGACAUCCGCGAGCCUGUUUAUCCGUCCUCCCGGCCAGAGCAUUCUUUGCCUGCCUGCGCCUGUCGCUGCCGGCCUCUGUCCAGGCCCCGCGUCUGCUGCUCACCUGAGACCCUGGAGACGGAGACAGGAGCGGGCGGCAGGGCGGGAGGGACAGGCAGGGGACCAGGGGGUUAGGGUUAGGGCGCUGAGGGGACAGGGAGGAGAUUCUCCCAUCCAUCCAUGCGUGCAUCUGUCAGUCCAUCCAUCCACCGUCCAUCCAGGCGGGGCUCUGGGGGAGGGCGCUUGUUUCCUUUCCUUUUUCCUUUUCUGGGGUUCCUGGGGGCUGAGCCCCGGCCCUGCCGCUGUGGUUCUCCUAAGUUGCCCAGGCUGGGCCCCCACUUGCAGCGCUGCGGCCUGGGCCUCCAGAGUGUUGGCUCCCAGGGGUGUUUCUGGAGCCCUGCUGUGUGUCCAGCACGUCCCAAGCCCCCCGUUCUAAGGGGACGAGACUGAUGGACACGCUCCGGGGCUGACGUGGGUGGGAGAGGCGGGCAGGCAGAGCGGCUCAGGGCCGGCUCUGCAGGUGCGGGCUUCAGGGCACGCAGGGCAGAGGCUGCGACCUGGCAGGGGCGCACCUCAGCCUGCGGUCUCCCCGCGCCCCCCUGGCCUGGCUGAUUUUUGCCAGCAGGGGGAGGGGUGCCCUGGAAGGCUCCUGAACACCCCCAGAUCAACCCAGAAGGGCCGGCUGCUUUUUAACCCCUUCGUCCCCACAGAUCAGCCGACUUUCCUUCCUCACCGAACAGCGUGCCCGCCUCUCCCGAUCCUCACGCCCCACGUGCCCAGCCGGCGCCCCCAAACUGUGCAGGCGGAGAGAAAGGCCCCUUUGUCCCAGCCCUGGUCCCUGGAAUUCACCCCUAUUGUCUUUUCACACACCUUUUGCAAUAGCAUGUUUUUAUUGUUUUGUUUUUCCACUUCACAAGAGAUGGCCCCACGGCUUUUAUUUGCAGAAAUUGGAAAAUGAAGCAUGUCCGGCCCCCACCCUUCACCCACCGCGAGCUGAAAUUCGAGCUGUGUGAACCUGGCAGGGGUGCAGUGCCCCGAGCAGGAGGACCCCUGGGUGCAGGGGCCCAGGGUGAGGAUGGGCCGGGGGCGGGCGGCAGGCAGGGGCUGCCAGGAUUCUGUCACCUGGGCUCCCCCAAGCCCUCCUGCACCGUGCCGACUAGCUGGGAGACGCCGGGUCUGAAAAACAUGACAGGAGUGGAAACUGAGGCCCAGAAAGGGUGCCUGUUCCCUGCCUACAAUCCUGCUCUGCAGAGAGGGCUCCCAGCACUCGGGAGGAUCGGGAGUGUGAACUCAAGCUGAGCCACUUAGUGAGACCCUGCCUCAUAAUAAAACAUAAAAUAUGGGCUCAGGAUGUAGCUCAGUGCAGAGGCCCUGGGUUCAAAUCUUAGCACCACACAGGCACGCAUGAGCACACAGGGACCCUGGAGGGUGGUGGAAGGAAAAUCAGUAUGUGCCAGGUCACUGCAACCUCCUGAAGAGGGCACCAGCCUUGGCUCCACUUUGCAGAGCAGAUGACUGAGGCCCAGAGAUGGAAGGAGUCACGAAGGUCACAGAGCUGCCAGCAACCAAAGUCUGUUAUCCAAAUCUUGCCAAGGCAAGAGCUCUGGGGCCAGAUGGUCCCAGAUCCCAGCCAGGCUCCAAACUAUAGGCGCUGCAGGUAGAUUAAGACAACUCUUCCAAAAAAAGAACUUCUAAAACAUUCUACAACACUAGAAUACUCUAGAGCAUUCUGGGCUAGGGAAAUCGGUGUUCUCUGGGGAACUGUACAGGACACUUGGUUGGGAGGGGACUCAUGAAUUCCAAGUGCUCCUAUAGCCUCAAUUUCUGCACCUUCACAAUAAAUAAUCAGAGAAACCAGAGCCGGGCGUGGUGGCGCAGGCCUGUCAUCCCAGCACUCGGGAGGCUGAGGCAGGAGGAUGGUUGAGAGUUCGAGACCAGCCUGGGCUACAAAGUGAGCCCAAGGCCAGCCUGCACUGCAUAGAGAGACCCUGUCUCAAAAAAAGAAAAAAGAAAAGAAAAGAAACCAGGUGUGUUUUAACUGGGCCCAGGCAGGACGGGAGGGACCUUUGGUGGUGAGGGUAUGGGGGGCCUCUGCCCAGCCCACCUGUGACCCAGGCUGCACCGGCCUCUGCCGCCACCCACACCACACACCUGGGCCUCUCUCCCCGUCCUGGAUGCAGGCCCAGCUCCCCAGCAGGCUGGGGCAGGGCUGGCCCCGGAAGGGGGUGCUGUGAGGCGGACACGGGGUGCUCUGUCCCCCCCACCCCUGAGGCCCACCUGCACCAAGAAUAAGGUUUGAGAAUGGAACGUUUCCUUUUCAGAACUUCUGGAACUUUCUCUGGGACUCAGAGGGGUUUGGGGGGCCCUGGGAUGUCCACCCCAGCCCAGGGAAACCCAGGGCGCCCCCUCUCAAAGCCGAGCACCAAAUGGGACCCCAUGGCCCCUCCCCACACCCUUCCACCAGCUGUCCUUGGCACCAGCAGCCUGGUGAGGGGGGGCUGGGGGACCCCAGGGAGCAGAGCCCCGUUAGGGCACAGGUGGCCCCACCACAUCCCAGACGCUGGCCCCAGCUUGUCCUGAGCCCGCAGGAGGGGAUCCCGGGCCCCAAGCCGGCUCCGGGCCCGGCCCUCUGCCAGGGAAGCUGGCCUGCGGAGCGGUGCCCAGAGAGGGUCGGGGAGCCCCCGGGCCACACAGCACAGCCGGGUGGCCUGGACUCCCGGCCCAGCGCUUGCCCCACCCUCGCCCGCUUCCCAGCUGCGCUGGCAAGUUUGGGCCUGGCAGGAUGGUGGUGGGACCUAAGAAUCCACCUUCAAAAGUGCCUCCGGGGAAUGGGCAUCAAACCAGGCCUCUCAGGAAUUUGAGGAGAUCUGGAAGUCUGCUACCAACAAGAUGGGGAGCUCCAGCGGUGCACACUGAUUCCAGGCUCAACGAGGCUGUCAGUAAAGGAGCAGGCCCGCCCGCGUGGGAGCCGUGGACGGUUGUGUAGAAAACGCACUGAGGAGAAGCCAGUCCCCGGCCGCCUUCGUGUCUUUAGUCAUGGCUGCCCCAGUUGGCUCAAAAGUCAGACUUCCGAGCCCUCCUGACUUCGGAAAGGACCCAGAACCGACAGGGUGGAUGUGACAAGGUCCGAGAAUAAGGCGGAUAAAGACACCAGGACCGUUUUCCAAGCCGCCUUCUGCUGGGCGGACCUGAGCAGCAGCUGAGGAUCUGGCAGGACAUGGCUGCAGAGCGGUGACCAGGGCAGGCAGCACGCACCGAGCCAGGGAGAGAAUUGCCAGGGAGGGCUUGUGUGGCAGUGUGGCUCCCUUUACAUUUUAAAGAUGAAACAGUCAGCAUGUGCUGGGCCCUGAGGGAUGACCAGGAGCCCGCAGGAAGCAGGCUGUAUCUGCACAGAUGCAAACACAGCUUUUCUGUUGGUGUUUCUCUGGAGGCAGGGUCUCACUCGAGUGCACUUGAAUUCGAGGCAUCGUCCUGCCUCAGCCUCCCGAGUGCUAGCACGACUCGUGGACGUCACUGUGUCUGGCAGGUUGCUAUAUCUGAGAUUGCAAAUGCCUAUGAGGAGCCAGGAACUCUCCCUCCAGGGCUUUGAUGUCCACAGGAGCAGGCUGACUGGCCAGGGGCCCAGGACACAAUGACACCAAGACUGACGUGCAGGAACUUAUGUUUCAGUAAGUCCCACACAACCCAGCCAGCUGAGGGGUAAGCACUCAACAGACGCAGUGAUCUGAAAACCCCCGGCCCCAGCCAACUCCAGCCCCCUGCCCUGGAGAACAGAAAUGGUUUCUAGGACAGGGACGUUCCACGGUGGAAGACCGUCUUCUCCCAAAGCCAGCCUUCCAGGAGCUCAGGGGACACCUACAUUUCUCCAGAGACCUGGAGGACUCCUGCAGGAACGGGCCGGCUUGGCACAGCACACUCAUCAUCCUGGUGCGCUGGAAGCUAACGGAGGAGGAUGGCAAGCUCAGGGCCAGCCUGGGGGACUUAGUGAGGCAUUGAGAUCCCAUCUGAAAAGUGCAAAAGUGUAACUGGGCAUGAUGGUGCCCGCCUAUCAUCCCAGCGCUCGGGAGGCUGAAGCAGGAGGAUUACUGCAAGUUCGAGGCCAGCCUGGGCUACACAACAAAACUCUUUGUCUCAAAAAGACAAAAUCAAUCAAUCAAUCAAUCUUGUCCCCGGGAGCACGGUCUCUGCCCUUGGUCUCCGCACAAGUGGCCUGUGGCCCCCAGCUGUCCUGGCCCAUGGAGUGGCUCCGGGGUCCCUGGCGGCACUGUCUCUCCGGGCUGCUCUUACAGCUGCUCUUGUCCAUCUGCUUCUUCUCUUACCUGAGGGUGACCUGGGACCCUCCCACGGGGUCCCCUACACCCGCGCCCAGCUCGGAAGACGUGGUCCCCACAACUCCCCAGAGGACCCCAGGGCUGGCUUCCACCACGCAGCCCCCCGCACCCCGGGGCCUGCUCAUCCUGCUGUGGACCUGGCCAUUCGGCCAGCCAGUGGCUCUGUCCCGCUGCUCGGAGAUGCGGCCGGGCACAGCCGAUUGCCGCAUCACCGCCAACCGCAGUGUGUACCCCCAGGCCGAUGCGGUCAUCGUCCACCACCGGGACAUCAGUUUCAAACCCAAGAGGGAGCUGCCACCCUCGCCUCGGCCACCGGGCCAGCGCUGGGUGUGGUUCAGCUUGGAGUCCCCCAGCCACUGCAGGCAGCUGGGGGCCCUGGACGGCUACUUCAACCUCACCAUGUCCUACCGCAGGGACUCGGACAUCUUCACGCCCUACGGCUGGCUGGAGCCCCGGGACGCCCAGCUCCCCGCCCCGCCCCUCAACCUCUCGGCCAAGACCGGGCUGGUGGCCUGGGUUGUGUCCAACUGGAAGGAGAACUCGGCCCGGGUGGGGUACUACAACCAGCUGCGCCUGCACCUCCCGGUGGACGUGUACGGCAGGGGCCACCUGCCCCUGCCCCGCCAGGACAUGCAGGAGCGCCUGGCCCGCUACAAGUUCUACCUGGCCUUCGAGAACUCGCAGCACCCCGACUACAUCACCGAGAAGCUGUGGAAGAAUGCGCUGGGGGCGCCCGCCUUGCCCGUAGUCCUGGGCCCCAGCCGCACAGACUACGAGCGCGUCCUGCCGCCUGACGCCUUCAUCCACGUGGACGACUUCCCGAGCCCCCGAGCCCUGGCGCAGCACCUGCUGGCCCUGGACCAGGACGACGCCCAAUACCUGCGCCACUUCCGCUGGCGGGACACGCUGCAGGUGGGCAUCGGAAACUGGACCCUGGCUUUCUGCAAGGCCUGCUGGCGGUUGCAGGAGGGGCCCAGGUACCAGACAGUGGCCAGCAUUGCAGCCUGGUUCAAGUGAAUCGACCGGCUGGCCUGGCCUCCCCAGUGGAGCCCCCAUCUUGGGGUUCACCUGAUGAGUGGUGCAAUUUGAGGGGGCCUUAAAACUUAAGGAGGGUUAUUUUAUUUUUCUGUUUGUUUCUUUUUGUCUUACUGAGCCAGGGCCUCCCCAUGCAGUUAAGGCUGGCCAUGAGCUCACUUUGUAGCCAAGGCUGGUGCAGAAUUCUCAGCAAUCAUCCUGCCUCAGCCUCCCGAGUCCUGGGAUUACAGGCUUGUGCUACCACGUCUGGCUUUUUUUUUUUUUUUUUGUACCUGGGAUUGAACUCAAAACCCUGGGCUUGGCAGGUAGGCACUUGUUCUCCUGAGCCAAGUCCCCAGACCCUCUUUAAGGGGGUUUUAACUGUGUGGUGUCACCUAUCUGGAGUCCCAUCUGCCUUGGUCGCACUAGCAGGAGGAAAUCUCCCGCGAGGCUCUCACUUGCUGUGAUCACCCUGAGGGGAUCUCAGCUGGCUGGGUUCUCAAUUCCUGGGUCCAGCCUGCAGCAGGCUCCCCUGCUGGGGGCCCUUGCUGUGGUGGCCAGUCUGCCGGGAACCUCACCCCAUCAGACCCACCAUUGACAGCUGCUCUGGCCGUUUUUUCCCCGCUGGUGUUUCCUGCCCGUGGGCCCCGCAGACAGGCCCUGCUGUCCUUAUUUCCCCAGUGGCUGUGACGGAAGGAAAAGGCUGUGUGUCCUUCUUGUUCUAGAAUAACAGCUCUGACCACGGCGUGCUUUGGGCCAUAACCAGGGUCACGUGGUGACAUCCAGAGAUAGCUGUGAUUUUCACAUAUGGGGGAAAAGGGAAGGAUGUCAUCUAGUACAGUGCUGAUUGCUGUUUGUGGCCUCAUAAGAACCAGGCCACACAGCAGGUGUGAGGGGUGGCAGAGCAGUGGGGGAGGCUUCCUCUGUAUUUCCAGCCUCUCCCCACCACUCACCACCACCUGAGCUCUGCCACCUGUCAGACCAGAGAGCACUGGAUUCUCCCAGCAGCACAAAGCCCACUGCGACCUGCACACAUCGAGGACUGACACUGAGUGACUUACGAGAAUCUGGCUGAUGACCUGAGGUGGAGCUGAGGCGGUGAUGCUAGCCAUGGGGAGGUGCUGCAAAUGCAGAUUCACAUUAGCAGAGGUUGGACUGCCCAGAGACCACAAAUCAACUGUUCCCACACUCAUGUGCAAACCCUCUCAGGGAGCGGCAAGUGACAUCCAGCCGCCACUGGUGGCAGGCUUCACAGUGCCAACUGAGUUGAUGUAACUCAGUGGUGUAGCUUUAUCUGGUGGCAGGCUUUAAGUCAGAGUCUGACAAUGGUUUAGCCUGGAUGCAGCCCUCUGAGGGCACUGACCUUCUCAUCUGCAUUUCUUUCUUGGACUGAGUUCUCGUCCCAGUCCCAGUUUCUGUGAGGUUACAGGCCAAUCCCAGCCAAAAUAACUUACAGGCAAAUGUCACUGGAAGGCUGCUUAAAAACAGGCAAGGACCCAAAGACAAGCCAACAAAAGACUCUUCAAAGCGCCAAUGAAAGGAAGGUGCAAUUAAAACAAAUUAGGGACAGGGCUGGGGAUUUAGCUCAGCAGCAUAAGUGCCUGCCUUGCAAGGGUGUGGUUGUGAGUUUGAUCCCUGGUACCGAGAAAUAGAAACAGACAAAAAAAAUUAAAAAGAAAAGAAAGUAGCAAGAGCCCCCCCCCAUCGUACUGGCUCACGGCAGGAAGAGAUGUACGUGUGCCACGUGGCCUUGUAGAGUGAGUAUAACCAGUUAUCCAGCAAAGCCAGCACACCUUCCAGACUGCUCUGCCACCUGGGAGCCAAAGACCUGCUUUACAAGAAAACCCUUCAGAGUUUUUCACAAGGACAAAACAAAGCACCGAUGGCCUUAUGGUCGGCCACCAUUUCAUCCAGUGGGUCUGCCUAUGGACCAGCAUCCUUCUCGGUGCCCAGCCAUGUGGGUAAAGCUACCGAGCCCUUUAGAUCCAAAAGUGCCCACCCUGCUGCUGCCAAGCCUUCUCUUGUAGAAUCAUAGGAGCGGCUCCAGGUCAAGAGGUGCCAGGUGUCCCACUGAGCCAGCAGCAUAACCGGGGUAUGGCCGAGGGGCACUGAGUCGGCAGUGUCGGGGUUCGGGUCUCUGUGGUAGCCGGGGCUGCUGAGUCUGUGGUGCCAGCCACAAGGUUCCUUUCCGAGUGUUGCCGUAUCAGAAGGGCAGGCAGGAAGAUCACGUGUACUUCAGGUGCUACCCAGCACCACAGCGGUCAGCUCACCUCUUGGAAGGCCCCCUGCCCAGCAGGAGAGCUGCAGCGGCCCGCUGGUGUCAGCACAGGCUGGUCAGGAGUCGCUGCGGGCCAGGAGGCUGUUCCGGUGUCACUUUUCAGGGCAGACAGGGGGCAGAGAUGUGAGUGUUCAUACUGUGUCAUCCCCAGCAAAAGGCGGGUGGCUGAACACUGUCACUCAAACACAACAGUGUUUGGCAGGACCUGAUUUAAAUGAUUGUUAGUGAUGACAUGUCAACUUCACUUCAUAAGCACUGCUAAGCAGAUCAGAAGGUCCUGGGUGUGUCUCCUGGCAAACUGGGGUGACACACCCAGUCGUGGCUGGAACCAAGCCACAGGCUCCCAGCUCGGCCAGCACGGAAAAGGAAAGGAUGCUUUGCUCUUUCUUGGAGAGGCCAGGGUCUUCAGCAUUUCCUGUGUGCUUUGGCCUGCAGUGUUUUUCAGGCUUCCCGUGCAGACUCCAGCAUUGAGACCCGCACCCGGGACUCUACCGGGAGCUCUGGGACCUUUGGCCUUGUGGUGCUGCCGUAUCUUCCGAGGCUCCAGUGUGCAGAUGGCCAUUCUGGAUUCAUCCAUUUCUGUGCACCAUCCUGUGUUUGAUCCUGUAAGCUGCUUAAUAAAUCCCUGUGUUCAAGGCUCUCACUGGUCAA